CCUCUCGCUGGUGGCGCCAUCUUCCCCCGCUGCGGGAGGGGUCACGGGUCAGUACUGGAUCGUCGCCCAGAGAGAAGGAGGACGGAAGGGUGAUCAGACUCGGCGUGGCCUUCACGUCCUGAAGAGGGGAAGGGAGACAGAGAGAACAUUGAUGUGAGAGAGAAACAUCGAUUGGUUGCCUCCCCAUACUGGCCGCUUCUGGGGACAGGGGAUGGAACCCGCAACCUAGGUGCCUUUUCCUUUGUGGCAGCCCAGGAGUCUCAAGAGAAUGGAUUCAGGAACUCGCCCAGUUGGUAGCUGCUGUAGCAGCCCUGCAGGGCUCUCACGGGAAUACAAACUAGUGAUGCUGGGUGCUGGUGGUGUAGGGAAGAGUGCCAUGACCAUGCAGUUCAUCAGCCACCGAUUCCCAGAAGAUCAUGACCCCACCAUCGAAGAUGCUUAUAAAAUCCGAAUCCGUAUUGAUGAUGAGCCUGCCAAUCUGGACAUUUUGGAUACGGCUGGACAGGCAGAGUUUACAGCCAUGCGGGAUCAGUAUAUGAGGGCAGGAGAAGGGUUUAUCAUCUGUUACUCUAUCACCGAUCGUCGAAGUUUUCAUGAAGUUCGAGAGUUUAAACAGCUUAUUUAUCGAGUUCGACGUACUGAUGAUACACCUGUGGUUCUUGUAGGAAACAAGUCUGACCUAAAGCAGCUAAGACAGGUCACCAAGGAAGAAGGAUUGGCUUUGGCCCGAGAAUUCAGCUGUCCCUUUUUUGAGACAUCUGCUGCAUACCGCUACUACAUCGAUGAUGUAUUCCAUGCCCUUGUCCGGGAGAUACGUAGGAAAGAAAAGGAGGCAGUACUGGCCAUGGAGAAAAAGUCUAAACCCAAAAACAGCGUAUGGAAGAGGCUAAAAUCACCAUUCCGGAAGAAGAAAGAUUCAGUAACUUGACGUUGGGAAGUGUUUGUAACUGCAGUGCUUAGUCACAGCAGUCCGGUAAAAGUAACUGAUGAAGGAGGCAUGCCCGCUGGGAGUUUCCAGUGAUGUGGUAUUUAAUAUAUUGUCUCUUAGCUAAUUCUGAUUUAUUAACCCAGUGGAGCACUGUCUGCUUUUAAGUCACAUUAGAAUUUGACCUACUAUAGUUUUGGGUUCUGUUGCUAUUAAUUAAUUAAUAUAAAUUGUUUUUAUCCAGGGGACUAUGUAUACCAUGUGUGCUUGACUAAGCUCACAGGAAGAAUUUUUUGCCAUGUACUGCUACACAUUAUCUUUCACCUUCAGUCUCCUGGGAUUAUUCCAGAAAAGGACCUCAGUCUUUUCUAUUUACCUUGUACUUCCUGGAGACAGAAGAAAAAUAAUAUAGAGAAACCAGUGCUAAAGAGAUCGGUGCCGAAGUUCAGCAAAUAGCUGUGGAACUGACCCCUGUUGCCAGUUACGCAGUGAUGAGAUUUGGGAGAUUUGGGCCAUAUGUUCUGGCUAGAAAAACAGUAGGGUCAGAACAGUAUUCCCACUAUGGGCCUAGCUUUGCUAAGAAGUGUACUGGGAUGGGUGAGAACAAACAAGCAUUUAAGAUGUAAUGAAGGGUUCUCUUACAAGGUUCUUUUACUCUUCCUUUUGGGCUUUGGACUUUCUUUUACCUUCAAAGGUAAACAGUUUGGGAACCUUUACUACAUUACUAAACUCAAUUAAUCUAAAUCCUUAGUUGGAACAACCAUUGCUUUGUACAGGUUCAUUUUUUUUCACCGGAGAUGCAUUCACCAAUAUAUUUACAUUAAUUGUUUCCUGGUGCUUUUCCUUAGCUUCCCUGUGCUCUUUAUAAGAGCUAGGCCUGGCAAAAUGUUUUUAGGCCCUUCGUGAGACUGACUGAAUUUUCCGUACAGAAGAGACAUCAGUUUGAGUAAAAUUGUAUACGUGCCUCCAUGACAUUGACAAUCACUAGACUUGGUGUUCUAAGAAAGCCUGUGGUAUUUCUGUUUAGCGAGCCAGCCUUGAAGCUUUAAAAUUCCCGUGCGAUGAGUUUCUCAUUGAAGAUUUCUUUACAAGGAUCUUACUAAGUUCACCUCAGGGUGUCUGAGCCUUGACAAAGGUUAGCUUAAGAGAAUACCACUUUGAUAAUCUGCAUAAUUGAGAAACUGUUUUCCUGGGAAGAAACAGCUUUAAAUAUUGGUGGUUAGUUCUCUCUUUUAGAAUCAGGAUAGUUUAGUAUCUGAACUGGUUAUGUGUGGAGAUUAAAUGCAAAAGUGCUAAGAGUAGUGUAGUAUAUAUUGAACAUUACAUGUCACUAAAGCAGUGUUCUUGUCCACAUCAAACUCUUAAGAACAGGAUUUUGUGAAGUGCCUCUUAAAGAGCACAUAGCUCAACUUACUGUGUCCAUUUUUAUUAUAGGCAGAAGGACAGGGUUUUUGUAUAUUUCCUUAUAAUCAAUACUGUAUGUUCUAAGCUUAAAAAUGAUGGUUUUAACUUUUUUAGCUGAGUAGUUGGUUCCUUUUGAAACUCCUGGAAAUGUUUUUGCUACUAGAUAAGUCAUGUUUUAUGGUACUCAAGCCAUUCAAAAGCAAAAGACCCAGAAUUAAAUUUUGCAGGACAGUCUUACAGGAAUAAAAUGGUUCAUGGAGAAGCAUGAAGAUAGAAAAUAGAUACAGUGCAAUUCAGUUUUAACAGUAUUUCACCACAUAAACUAGCCCGUAGCCUUUUAAGUUUAAUGCAUUUGCUGUCAUUACUAAUGACCUAAGGAAGUGUUAUUAGCAUCAAGCAAGAAGUUGACAGCUAUAUAUUUACUCGUGACAGACAAGGUAGCCGAGAACAUUGCCAGAAAGAUAGAUCUGUAAGACAGGAGGGAAUUUGUAUUCUGUAAAAGAAAAAAUAGAAAUUAAUGUUUUUAAGACUGUCACUAUCAGGGCCCUCCCUCUUGGGAACAUGCCUAAGCAUGUGUUGCUUCUCAGGUGUGCAUCUCCUAAACCCUAAGGGUCCCCGUGAGACUUGUACCCAGGGAAGCAAUGGGCAGCAGAAUCUUCUCUGGGGUUAGACCCCCAUUUCUCUGACUCUUCAGUAAGCCAGUAGUAGCCCCUCCUUGGCUCACUUCUGUCACUGUGACUUUUACUCCCCAGUGAGCUAACAGCAGGCCCACCUUGGCGCACUUCUUUCCUAUAAUGUCUCUGGGGAGCCAAAACAGCCUCACCUAGGCCCUCUCCUGUUGCUUCUUCUAUCCUAGGCCCUUCCUUGUUUCACUGUCCCCAGCUUUAAUAAACAUACUCUCAAAGUUUUAAGAAAAAAA